AUGCAAUGGGUUGAGGGGUUGGGAUGCCAAUGCUACCCCCAAGCAGCCAAAAUAAAAACAGACGUAUGUGAUACGAUCACGAAAGCAAUGAGUUCACUUGAAAAUAUCCCACAAAAUGAGGUGAAUUGCACGAUGGUAUAUCUGCUCGGUCACCCUAAUCAAGCGCUUUUGGACAUUAAUUUUUAUAACGUCCUACAAAGCGUGAACGAGCGCGAAUUGGCGAAACAACUAAGUGAAUUGUUUGACAACGUAACGGAGAAGUGCAAGGAUCAAAGAGGACCUGUUGUGGGCAAAGUACAGCUAGAAGGUAAGUUCUAA